UGGGAUCUCUUUCAUGAAUCCCAAACCCUGAAGAAGUCUUCGUUGGGGUCUCCAGUCUCCUCUUGCCUCCCACUGUCUGCCCCCGUGCUUGAUCCAGCCAUCAAUGGUGGAUCCCUCCGAAGCCAAAGGGGAAGGUUCCCUGCGGAAGGCCUUCGGGGGCGUUCUCGGAUUCUUCAUUCUACUCCUGAUCGGAACCCUAGCCUUCUCGAUCCGCCUCUUCUCGGUCAUCAAGUACGAGAGUGUGAUUCACGAGUUUGAUCCAUAUUUCAACUAUAGAGUCACUCAGUUUCUCACAAAGAAUGGAAUAUACGACUUUUGGAAUUGGUUUGAUGACCGAACCUGGUAUCCCCUUGGUCGUGUAAUUGGUGGUACAGUUUACCCUGGUUUGACAUUAACAGCAGGUUCCAUAUGGUGGCUGCUGAAUAACUUGAACAUCCCUCUGUCUGUGGAGACUGUCUGUGUAUUCACAGCUCCUAUUUUCUCAGCGAAUGCAGCAUGGGCUACAUACCUUCUCACAAAGGAAGUUAAGGGAACUGGAGCUGGUUUGACUGCAGCAGUCUUAUUGGCGAUGGUCCCUUCAUACAUUUCACGGUCUGUGGCUGGAAGCUAUGACAAUGAAGCUGUUGCAAUAUUUGCCUUAAUUUUCACUUUUUAUCUCUAUAUCAAGACACUGAAUACUGGAUCCCUCUUUUAUGCUACUCUGAAUGCUCUAUCAUAUUUCUACAUGGUCUGCUCUUGGGGAGGCUAUACAUUUAUUAUCAACCUUAUUCCAAUGCAUGUCCUUUUGUGCAUUGUAACUGGUCGUUACUCGUCGCGUUUGUACAUUGCCUAUGCUCCUCUUGUGGUUUUUGGAACACUGUUAGCUUCCUUGGUGCCUGUAGUUGGUUUCAACGCAGUGAUGACAUCUGAGCAUUUUGCUUCCUUUUUGGUUUUCAUAAUCAUUCACGUGGUUGCUCUAGUUUAUUAUAUCAAAGGAAUAUUAUCUCCUAAGAUGUUUAAAGUGGCUAUGACACUUAUCGUUACAAUUGGCAUUGCUGUUUGUGGUGCAGUUUUAGCUAUUCUUAUAGCACUGGUUGCUUCUAGCCCAACAAAAGGUUGGAGUGGACGUAGCUUAAGUCUUCUUGAUCCAACUUAUGCAAGCAAAUACAUACCCAUCAUUGCUAGUGUUAGCGAACAUCAGCCACCAACAUGGCCUUCUUAUUUCAUGGACAUCAAUGUGUUGGCGUUCUUGGUUCCAGCUGGCAUUGUUGCUUGCUUUUUACCUCUUUCUGAUGCUAGCUCAUUUGUGAUUUUGUAUAUAACAACAUCAGUAUAUUUUUCUGGAGUUAUGGUACGUCUUAUGCUUGUUUUGGCUCCUGCUGCAUGCAUAAUGUCUGGCAUUGCUCUGUCUGAAGCCUUUGAUGUCUUCACACGAUCUAUUAAAUUUCAACUUCCUAAAUUAUUUGAAACUCCACCUUCUGAUGCAGGGGAUACUAACAAUGGAACUCAAGAUGAACUAGCAAAGGUUGAUAGCAAGAUUCCAACAGAAAAAUCUGAAACUACAGUCAAAGAAAGACCUUCAAAGAAGAAUAGGAAGAAGGAAAAGGAAAUCUUGGAGAAAGGAAAAGAAAUCAAGGAGAAAGGAAAAGAAAACGUGGAGAAGGUGUCUGAUAAACGUCAAAAUGCAAAAAAACUUCUUGUAUUGCCUUUGGAGGCAUCUGCAGUUGCCAUUCUCUUGCUCAUCAUUCUUGGAGCCUUUUAUGUGGUUCAUUGUGUCUGGGCAGCAGCAGAAGCUUACUCUGCACCAUCGAUUGUACUAACAUCUCAUUCCCAUGAUGGCUUGCAUGUUUUUGAUGAUUUUCGUGAAGCAUAUGCGUGGCUGAAGCAUAAUACUGAUGUAGAUGAUAAGGUAGCAUCUUGGUGGGACUAUGGUUAUCAAACCACUGCGAUGGCAAAUCGAACUGUCAUUGUUGACAAUAAUACCUGGAAUAACACUCACAUUGCAACUGUUGGUACUGCUAUGUCUUCACCUGAGAAGCCAGCUUGGGAAAUCUUCAAUUCCCUGGAUGUCAAAUAUGUUCUUGUUGUAUUUGGAGGUUUUGUGGGCUACCCAAGUGAUGACAUCAACAAAUUCUUGUGGAUGGUUCGAAUUGGAGGAGGCGUCUUUCCACAUAUCAGGGAGCCUGAUUAUCUUAGGGAUGGCCAGUAUCGUAUUGAUGCACAAGCUACCCCAACUAUGCUCAAUUGCCUAAUGUACAAGUUGUCAUACUACAGGUUUGUGGAAACAGAUGGUAAAGGCUUUGAUAGAGUCAGGAGGACAGAAAUAGGGAAAAAACAUUUCAAGCUAACACACUUCGAGGAGGUGUUUACUACACACCACUGGAUGGUGCGAAUAUACAAAUUGAAACCACCCAAGAAUAUGACACGUGGAAAAUCGAAGAAAAAAAUAAAUCCUAAAACGAGAACCAAGAUCAGUUACCAAAAGAACAGGAACAAGAAUCCUUGGCAGUGAAGUUGAAUAGUUAUAGCAAAUGCAUGCCUUGACGUUCUUUUUAAGUUUUUAUUUUUAUAUCAAGAGGAGAAGACUGCAAUUUUUGUUAGGAGAUACCGUUUAUAUUUAAUCAAUUUUAUGUCUUGUAUUAACUUUGUACAAUAUGGUGGAUUCAGAAAUGCAAUUUCGAAUUUUCCUGGUUA